CUCUAUUCUGCAUAUUUUACGUUUUUGUAUCUUUUUUAGUCCAAUUCGACCGUCUUUUGUUAUUUCCUUUUAUUUUUGUUCAUAUAUUAUUUUUGUUUGAAAUUUGGCCGCGAAGACCAGUGCUGUUGUUCUGUAGGCACGCUUUCAACGCCAUUUUUAUUUCUGCUUGAUUUUUGACUACUAUUGACGCAUGCCAUUUAGACGCAGAGGAGCACGGUAUCGCCAUCAUCGCAGCCCAGCUCAGCGCAGCACAGACACAGACACAAACAUGACCGGAAUUACCGAAAUAAAUACAGGAACAGUCCCACCACCGAAUAACUUCCAUAAUCAGCUAUGCAGCCAGCUGCGGGUGGUUGAGCUUAAGCACAUUCUCUUGUAUGGCAUGACGCUGACACAAAACCGCUUUCCAACAUCCGGGCUGAAGAAGAGUCUUCUCGUGGAGUCACUGGCGGGGCAGUUCAAGUUCUUGUAUGACGCCAAGCAGCGAGAAAAUUACCAGAAUUUAUUAGGAUGCACGGCCGACUACUCAAGGUUUCUCUUUGCGCACCAAAAGUACCAAUGGUACAACACGGCCAUCAAGUUUCCAAAUACCAAUAGGCCAUGGACCGCGUUCAACCAAUCCAGCCGGCCGCCUCCAAUCAUCGAUAAUACACGUGUAUCAGCAACCACUUCAAGUACUGGUGUGCCUAUACAAGCGGCCGUGGCUGCGCCUGUGGCUGCGCCUACGGCUACGGCUGCAAAUGCAGCUGCAGCCGCAAUUUGCUCGACCUUUGACCGUGUCGAAUUCUGCGAAUCACCGUUUACCGUGCCCAUUAAAAACGUUUGUUCACCGAUUAUAUUCAUGGAGACGCGGGGAAGAACGCACACUAAAAAGAUUCAGUUGAAGCUAACGGCAGACUUAGUCGACACUCUGACUGAAAGCGCCCGCACUCCCGGCGCUGCAGAAUACGGAAUUUACUGGUACAUGUGCGACUACGCGGACGCCUGCCAGGCUGCCAACCGCACGCCCAAGCGGCCAGUCCGCGUUGCAUUCCCGCAAACGUUGACAAUGUUGGUAAACUCUAAGGCGAUUUUGCAGCAGCACUUUCAGGCUUUGAAAGCAAAUUUUCCGGCCAAUGUCAAUGAACACAUUAUCAAGUCCACCGAUCUGACAAACUCGGUGCACGUCAACUACAAUUCCAAUUCGAGGUGGGUGGGUGUGCUGGCACUAACAAAAUUACACUCAGUGCAGUCAAUGUCCAGAGACAUUCGCAAAAACAGUUAUGUGGCUGCGGAAGAUGUGCGCAAGCUCUUUUUUAAAGGAUCCGGGAUGGACGACGACGAUCUGAUUUCCACUGGGGCGCUGGUUAGCCUAAAGUGUCCACUUGGCUUGAGCCGGAUCAGAACACCUAGCCGCUCAAAGUUUUGCCAGCACACACAGUGCUUUGAUUGUGAGACGUUCCUCCAGAUGAACAGGCAGGUCCCGACAUUCAAGUGCCCUGUAUGCUCGUCCGCGAUUAAGUCGUGGCGCGAGCUGAUUGUGGACGGCUACUUUGACGCGAUUCUGCAAUCAACCUCGACCAACGACGACCAGGUGUACAUUGAGGCCGAUGGGACAUGGAAAUCCAAGCGGCAAAUGGAGACUGUACAGGUGGAGUCACACUCAGCCAAACGGCAGGCAUUGGAGGUUGUCGUCGACGAGUUUGUUGAUCUGAGCGACUCGAUUUCAUUGCACGGUCGGCCACCUGCGAAGGACAAGCGUCCACGGGUUGAUUAUAUCGACCUCACCCUUGACUCGGAUGACGACCAUGAGUCGACGCUUCCGCCAAUAACCGAUGAGGAUAUUGAGUUGAUCGAGGCCAUGCUUUCAUCAUCAAACAAUUCUAGCAGGAGCAACAGCGAGUCGGAGGCAGAUGGGUUGGCGGAAAAAAACGGCACAGCUUCUCCUAUCGCUCUGGCGUCUUCGGAAUCAGGGGAAAUUCAGCCGGCAGCUCAGGCAUCAACGGCCCAACCGGAGGCAGCUCAGGCGUCAACAGCUCAACCCGAAGCAGCUCAGGCGUCAACAGCUCAACCCGAAGCAGCUCAGGUGUCAACAGCUCUGGAGGUGACCACUGCCACAGGUCUGUCGAGAAUUGUUCCAUGGACAACAACCACAGCCGAUUAUAUUGCUUCACGACACCAUGACAUGUCGUUCAUGCCACUCAUGCGCCGGGCUGCUCCGCAAUUGCCAGAAUUGCCAGGAUUUCCAGCAAUGCCGCCGAGUUCCGUUGUCGCCGCUGCCACUGCCACUGCCGCUGCUGAUACCGAUGCUGAUGCCGAUGCCGCUGCUCUUACUCUUGAACACAGACACACAUCUGAGUUUGAAAGGAUGACAAUGCCAGUACCAAGACCACUGCCGAAAGCGAGAAGGGGGCGGAGGCCUAAUGCACUAGCUUUCUCAGCAGCAGACAUACCAUCCAUGGUUGGACUAGCUUCGCUAUCGACAGCCCAACAGGGGCCAGUUAGUCCAUAUCGGGCUCCAAUUUUGCCUUCAUCAGCUUUGGUUACGCCGGGGCGCCAAAGUGCACAUAUCUCAUCGCACUCCAGCAGUCGUAUGACAACAUCGCCGCUUGCAAGGAGCAUUACGGGCUCAGGGACAGUUCCCAGACCCAGGGUCAGGAUGACGGUUGAUACAACUACCACCACUACUCCCAUCACCCCCACGGCACAUUCUCGCCAGCCGGUGAUUGGAAUGUCGCCUGCAUACAAGUCGCUCUUCAUGAACGCCCAGAUGGUAAGCGAUAGCGCUUCAAGUGACACUGGUGUUCCUCCGACUGCUUCUGUUGCUGGCAGAAAUAUAGCACCGACACCCGGUGGCUCGUACCCCUCUGCAUAAUUGUAUGUUGAGUCAUACGUUGCACUGGAGCCGAUCCCUUUGUCCGGCCACUUUGCAUAUGCGUCAAUUGAUUUUUUUCAUAUUCAAACCAAUCUAAAAUUGAAGUUGCCAUAGGUUCAACCUUGGCGCACGUGCAUGAGCCCCAAAAAAGAGCGGCUGUCGUAUGAAGCUGUCCGGUCGGCCUGCUGUGCCACGCGUAGGCGUAAUCUGGGC